AUGGAUUUAUCGUUGGCCGAUGAAAAGAGAUUGCUUAAGCUCAAUGAACUUGAAGAGCUUAGAGAUGAUGCUUAUGAGAGCUCAAGGUUAUAUAAGGAGAAGACCAAAAAGGGACAUGACAAACAUAUUCAAAACAAGAGCUUUAAGGUUGGAGACAAGGUUUUGCUUUUCAACUCAAGGCUUCGUUUGUUUCCGGGUAAACUCAAGUCCAAGUGGUCGGGCCCUUUUGUGAUAUCGAAGACUACUCCUUAUGGCUCCUUUGAGUUAGAUGCGGAUGGCAACAAGUUUAUGGUUAAUGGUCAUCGUUUAAAGCAUUACUUUUGCAAGGAAGAAGUUGGUGUCAUCGAAUGUAUAAUGCCUGAUCCUUUGGAUCCCAAGCCUCCCCCUUGA